CAAACACCAUGAUAUUACUAGUUGCCCUUCUGUCGGUCUUCUGUGCCAUCACACAUGGAUGUCCCACCAUCGUUAGCAAGUCUGACUGGGGGGGAAGAAGAGGCACAUGCACCGCCCGUCUAAGCACACCUGUCAAAUAUGUCAUCAUCCAUCAUACAGCUGGAGCAUCGUGUAGCUCGAGGCCUGCGUGUAUUGGCCAAGCCAAAGCUGAACAGAAUAAUAACAUGAAUUCAAGCGGCUGGUGUGAUGUUGGAGACAACUUCCUAGUUGGAGAAGACGGAGCUGUUUAUGAAGGUCGGGGCUGGAAUACCCGUGGAGAUCACGCCAUAGACUACAACUCUGUGUCCAUUGGAAUCAGCGUUAUGGGAACCUUUACCGAACGAGCUCCGAACGAUAACGCUCUAAAUGCAACUAAAAAUCUCAUCAGUUGCGGAGUCUCAAAAGGCUUCAUCAGAAGAGAUUAUAUCCUAAUGGGACGUCGCAAUGUGUAUAAAACAGAGGGCCCAGGAAAUGAAUUGUACAAAAUUAUCCAAACCUGGCCCAAUUUUAGGCCAUACGCACACAUUUCCAUAAACAAUAUUGAAUCUACUAACGCCCCACCCAAAGAUGAUGUUGGAUCGUAUAUAAGAAGCAGAGAGAGCGUCAGAAGACUCCCAGCAGCAGAGCGUUGUGUUCUCUGCGAUAUCUACACCAUGAUCCUCGUCAUCGCGCUUCUGUCAGCCUCCUGCGUCAUUGCGCAAGGUUGCCCCACCAUUGUUUCCAAGUCUAACUGGGGGGCAAGAAGCACCAAAUGCACUGUGGGUUUAAAGACACCCCUUCCGUUAGUGCUGAUCCACCACACAGCUGGGGCGUCGUGUACCUCGAAGUCCGCUUGUAUCAAACAAGUGAAGAGUAUACAGAGCUAUCACAUCGAUAAAAGAGGUUAUUGUGAUAUUGGAUACAACUUCUUAGUUGGAGAAGACGGGCUUGUUUAUGAAGGUCGUGGAUGGAAAACCCAAGGCGUUCCCACUUAUAGCCAACCGUCCAUUGGAAUCAGCGUUAUUGGAACCUUCUCAAAACGAGCUCCGAACAAGAAGGCUCUAAAUGCAGUUAAAAGCCUGAUCAACUGCGGCGUUUCAAACGGUUACAUCAGAAAAGAUUAUAUCCUGAAGGGACAUCGCAAUCUGGGUAAAACUGAUUGCCCUGGAGACAAGCUAUACGAUAUAAUUAAAACCUGGCCUCAUUUCAAGGCUUAAAAUUACUAUUGUUUUUCUCGAGAACCUAAUCUGUUGAGACCCUACAUUACCCCUAUUAUCUUAAUUCAUGAUUUCCAUUACAGGACAUAAGGGUUAAGCCUCUAAAUAAAUGUCCUGAUUCUAACAAGAUCCGUGGUCUUAUUUCAUUCCAACUAGAUGUUUAAUUAACCU